UUCUUCCCUUCUGUUUCUGUCUCGUCUCUCCUCUCUCACGAAGCGUGCUCAGAAAUGGCCACCGUCGUUUCCAUUCGCUCCCUCCAUGGCGUUCCCACGCUCUCCUCCCAUUCUCCCGCCCACCGCGACCGGACCAGCCCUUCUCAUCACUAUUCGUUACCCCGCUCCCGUGGACCCAGAUCUCUCCGCCUCAAAACCCUCGUCCUCCUCCCCUUUCCUUCCUUUCCCUUCUCUCCCUCUCGUCUCCACAACUCCACCUCCCUCUUCGCUUCCGCCGUCGCUUCCUACUCAGGCGACGAAGAUGAAGAUGUAGAACAAUUCGAAGACGAGCAGCAAGAUGAUGAUGAAGAGGAGCAGGUGUGGAACAGGUCGAAAGCGAGCACGAGAGCCGUCUUCCCGCGGCAAGAAGUGGGGCGGCUGUACGUCGGCAAUCUUCCCUUCACCAUGACUCCCGCCGAGCUCGCCGAAGUCUUCAGCGAAGCCGGCACCGUCGAGACCGUCGAGGUGGUGUACGAUAGGGUCACGGAGCGGAGCCGCGGCUUUGCGUUCGUCACCAUGGCCAGCGUCGAGGAGGCCAACGAGGCCAUCCGUAUGUUCGACGGUUCCCAAGUGGGUGGCCGGACGGUGAAGGUGAACUUCCCAGAGGUGCCAAGGGGAGGGGAAAGGGAAGUGCUGGGGCCCAGGAUGAGAUCCCGCGGCUUUGUCGACAGCCCUUACAAAGUCUAUGCGGGGAACCUCGGAUGGAGUCUCACCUCGCAGGCCCUCCGGGAUGCAUUUUUCUCCCAGCCCGGCCUGUUGGGUGCUAAGGUCAUUUUCGACCGUGAUACCGGCCGGUCGAGGGGGUUUGGGUUCGUGACGUUUGCUUCCGCUGAGGAGUGCCAAGCUGCCAUUGAAGCCAUGAACGGAGUGGUGGUUGAAGGGCGGCCUCUGCGUCUGAGUCUUGCUGAGGGGAGACCAUCCACGAGUUCUUCGCAGGAAUCUAGAGUGGAGGCAGAGUCUCAGGGCAGCUCACUGGAGUCGAGUCUAAGCUACUGAUUUGUUACAAUAAGAGAAUGGGCUGAUUGGAUUCUGUGGUUCUUGAGUGCUAGCCGACAGGUCUUAUUCUGAAACGGGGACCAUCAUUUCUUAUAGAGUGGAACUAGAUAUAGAAAUAUAUGAGAGCUGGCAUGAUCAUUAAUUCAGACACCUGGAAUGUUGACAAGCUUGCUUGCAAGUCAGCUAAAUGCUUAUGUUCCAGUUAAUCCGAUCAAAACUGUCAAACUGAAGAAACACGAGCUCCCUCUAAUGCUUCUUAUCUCCGAGUUUGCUCCCUUGUGUAUUUUCUGCAAACUAAAUUGAGAUGAGCAGUUUCUGGUUUAGGUUUAGUUGUAGGAAUUGUCUGUGUCAUCUAAAAUAUUUUACAGCUGAUCUAUUAAGCUGUGUUCCUUUUAGACUUUCACUACACCAGGUAAUUCCUCUUAUUAAAGGUGUGGUCUUGAAUCAAUUUGCAGUGGGUCAAAAUUUGUUUUCAAGUGUUUUCUUCUAUGGUACUUAGGAAAUGUGGAUUUCUAACUUUUGUUGUUCUGUAUAAUUUUGAUCCUAUGGCUCAGUGAAUGUGAAUUCUUGA